UUUAAGUGCUGCGGCUGAUGUCAUUUCCUAAGCACCAUAACUGGUCAUCAAUGCCUGUUGAAGCUUUGAGGAGAAGCUAAAUAAACGCUCGCGCGGACGCACGCUCUUCCACCCCGGGGGGGGGGUUCUGGAGCCGCACCGAUCCAGCGGAACCUUAAUUGGUCGGACCUCCUCCUCCUCCUCCUCUUCCCCUCUCUCUCUCCUCUCUCUCUCACACCUGCUCCGCUUCUCUACAGGUCUUCGUCUUCCCGCUCACCUAAACUCUGCAUCCGCGCCACCCACAUAUGGCGACUCUGGUUCCGGACGCGGCUGAUCAGUGGCUAAGCGCUGCCAGCGGGCAGAACCGAGCGAGACGCACCCGGGGUGUCGGGGGACCCCUGCACCGUCUGCACCCCAAGGACUCCUCUGAAUUGUGAUCCGGAUUCCGGUUCGCUUCGGAGACCCAGCGGCAGCAGCGGCGGCAGCAGCAGCGGCGGCGGUCCGUGGGCGUCUGGGCGCGUCCGUCUGGGUGCGCGGAGAGGACGCGGAUUUUGGCUGCUGAAGCCUCCAGAUAUUGCGACGAGAGAUGAGAUGCACGAGCCAGUGGGUCACAGUUGAAGUCUCCCGGCUCCAGCAGCGGCCAAGCCCGCCUCCCCCGUCCGGAACCAGUUGAUUUAUUUAGGAAAUAACUCUCCCCCCCCAAAAAAGAAAGUGUGCGGCGCACCUGACACCGCGGCGAAUCCAAACCCUGGCGCUGAAUGAGUCCACCUCUGGCUCCUCCACGGCUCAACACGUUCGCGCGCUCCAGGAAACACCGACGGGGAUCCGACCGAGCGGGCUGAUUCGGACGGCGCUUCCGCGGCCAGGGCCAAGAUGCCGUUCCAUCAUGUGCGAGCGGGUCUGCUCUAUCCUGACAACUACCUGAGCGGCUCCCUGACGGAGGGCAGCGAAGCCUUUCAGCUCACCAGCAUCUCCACCGAGGAACUGGGCGAGAUCCGCGAGGCCUUCCGUGUCUUGGACCGAGAUGGGAACGGUUUCAUCUCCAAGCAGGAGCUGGGCAUGGCCAUGCGCUCGCUGGGUUACAUGCCCAGUGAGGUGGAGCUGGCCAUCAUCAUGCAGAGGCUGGACAUGGACGGCGAUGGGCAGGUGGAUUUUGAGGAGUUCAUGACGAUACUGGGGCCCAAACUCCUGUCGUCGGACAACCGAGAAGGAUUCUUGGGCAACACCAUCGACAACAUCUUCUGGCAGUUUGACAUGCAGCAGCUGUCUCUGGAUGAGCUGAAGCAGGUGCUGUUCCACGCCUUCAGGGACCAUCUGACGAUGAAGGACAUUGAGAACAUCAUCAUCACCGAGGAGGAGAGCCUCAACGAAACCUCAGGAAACUGCCCUGAGUACGAGGGAGUCCAUCCGAAAAAGAAGAAUCGUCAGACGUGCGUGAGGAAAAGCCUCAUCUGUGCGUUCGCCAUGGCUUUCAUCAUCAGCGUCAUGCUCAUCGCAGCCAAUCAGAUGCUGCGGAACGGCAUGGAGUGACCGGGAGCACUGUGGACAGACCAGCCAUGACCUCACCUGCGGUCCCCUCAGCCAAAGCCGGACCACACGAGCAUUUUCUCUUGUCUCACUUGAAUUCACCCCAAGAAACAGUAAGAGCAGACCAAGACUACGGCAGCGGAGAAUCGUGUUCUGUAGAAUGUAGAUGAGCACCCUGACCCCCGGGGGGCGCCCCGCCCUGACCCCAGCAUCACUGUCCAGAACUGAAUGUCUGAACCUAUCGAAUGUGGAGGCUCUGAAUGUUCGCCACUAUAUUUACCGUCUUGGCCAAAAGUGGACUCUAUAAACACAGUUCUGCUUUGUGACGGAUCACGCCAUCGAUCGGACCUUAGCUGACUCCGCCCUGACUGCCGCUGUGAUGUCAUCACUGUGCACGGAUGAAAGGCUCACAGUAAAGAGACCCGUCGUCUCUUGAAUCUUUGUAGCUUCCAAACAGGCGUCAACUGUGUGAUGAACAUUUUUGGCCAAGACUGUAAACUGUUCAGCAUGUUGGAAGAGCACAAGCUGCCCUCCCCCCAUCAGACCCACCCCAUGAAAAUGCAGUGAGUGCAGUGUCCUUCUGCUCCAGCGAGUCCUGAGCAGAUGAUUUUUGGGGUGAAAACUACUUCUAAAGCACCUUUUAUAGCCAGCUGCGUCCCCCCCCCUCCACCCCCAGAGAAGCAUGCCAGAACAGUUGAAGCACUGCCAGGCCAAUUGCUCCCACUUAUCUACUGUAAAUAACGUGUCACGUGACUGCUCCAAUGUAUAUGUAUAUAUAUAUCCAUAGCUGAAUGUAUAGAGAAGAGUCUUUAGUCAGAUAAAUCAGGGAUACACAGCACAGACGGGUCUGUUUUGAAGCCGUUUUCGUGGAUAAUAUCGCCGUCUAGAGGUCUAACGGAGAACUGCAACACACCAGGGUCAAAGGUGAAUUGUGUUGCGUGAAUGUCGCGAGGGCAUUUCUAACCGUCUGCACUGAACAACCGUUGAUAUCAGCCGACUGAAGCUGACCCAUUAUGGUGCCACUCAGUUUUAUAAGUAGAAUUAGAGCGUAGAAACGCCGACGUGUGACCCGGGAGGUGGGUGGAGAUUCGUCUUGUCGUGUGUGUGAGUCCUGGAGACUUGUGGCAGAUGUGUGUCCUGGUUUUGUUUUGGUCCGACAGUGAUCUCCGUGAGGGAGGUAGUGCAGGGAGUGUACGCUUCACUGCUGCGUCCCACUUGUCCUCAGAUGUCAGAAGUUGUUGCUCAUCUUGGGCCUCAUGAUCCAGGCACGCAGCUGAGUCAAAACAAGGUCGCUGCUCUGAUCUGUCUAACAGUUCCACCAAGGACCGCCCGCCUCUUUCCCUCCAGAUCAUCGGCUGGUUGUCAUGUGACAUCGCUCUGAGCACCGGUGGGAUGCUCCCCCUCACAGCUCUGUUGGACACGAUGAGCGUCUGUUGGCGUCAUGGCUUCGCAGCGUUUGAUAAAUGUAGUCCUGGCAUCAAGUCAAGUGGCCCAGGAUGGGGACCAGCUCCUUUCAUGGUGGCCAGUUGAAGAGGGCAGUACAGGUUGGUCUGGUUCACCAGUCAGAGGAGGUCGGCAAUGGAGCAGGACAGUGUGGUGGGAAAGAGCUGAGCCAAAGGGCAGAACUCACAAAGAUCUAUGUUCCUACUCUGAACUGUGGAGAGGAGCGCUGUCCAUAUUUAAUCGUCUUACACAUAAAAAAAAAACCAAAACCUUGUGAAAUGACAUGAAACCAUCAGAUCAUUGCAAAGAUAUUUGUCAUGGAAAAGUCCAACCGGCAGCAGAAGCAGCUGCAAGUCAUGUUCAUCAAAUUUACGAAAGAAAAAAAGAAAAAAUACUUGGCACAAACCGUUGCGAAUAUUGGAAAAACUGAAUAUAAUUCUGAAUAAAAUACUUAUAGUAAAAGCAUGUCUAAAUAUCAUAAAGUUAAAAUAAUAUAUUUUAUUUAAACUCCAAAUAAGGAAUAAAGUGUAAAUGAAAGUUUUGCCAUCCAAUUCAUUUUCAAACCUGCUCCAACAGGUGAACAGUGUGUACUGUAGGGGGCGCCACCACUUUCUUUAUCGUCGUUUCUUUCCAAGAACUUCUCCAUAGUUGGUGACUAUCACAGAUGUGCAGCUGUCAAGUCACUUCACUGACUCACUACUGCCACCAUACGUGGCUCAUGGGUUUGAACUGAGCGUCUUACCAUGGGCCCCGGGCCUAUCGUUAACAAUCACAGUUCUAGACGCCUCACUGCUGAGGUCAAACUCAACCGAGUCACACACACCAAGUAGCAAAGCAGUCGAGGUUGGCGAGUGGCGAGCCACCUGCUGGAGGCUCAGACGUGUGUGCUGAACCGAGGUCCUCACAAGCUCAGCACCCCCUCCCUCCGUCUGGGGUGCCACCAUCAAACCGUGGAACCAGUGAAGGUCGACUGGAGGACAGCAGACCUGGAUGUAGAAACAGCGAAGAUGUACAAACCUGUAAAUCCGCGUGCAUGUUCCGACUCUCUCUCUCUCUCGCGGAGGAGGAAGUCUUCGUCACUGUUGCCGUCCCUUCUAAGGUCACGCGUCUGAGGCUCCACUUUCUACUGCGCCAGCCAUUUUUCUAGUUUAUACCAGCGACGAAUCCAACGGGAGGGCAUUCUCAUAAAUAUGCAAAUCCGAGCUCACAUGAUCCCCAUGACCGCAGCGGGUGCGGUUCCUCACGCGCGGCUGUGGGGAGCCCUGGUUUCUAUCCAGUCGAACAUCUAACACUAUUUUUUAAGUUUGUUUGUUUUUAACUCUGACUGUAGGUGGAGGGAGGACAUGCUGCUGAGAAACAGCAAUAGUUACCAACGGAAGCAGUAUUUAAAAUGCAAAUAUACUUUUUUUCUGUUGAAUAUAAUACAUUAUAAUAAAUACAUCUGAGUAUCUAUAA